GACUGGAUUUAGAGAGGUCAGUUCGUUUCUGCCCCACUAACUUUUAGCUUUCUACAAUACACUCCACCACGCGCUUUGCCAGUGCCGUUCAAGGGUUCGCGCUCUUCCACGCGAGAUUGAAACCUAACCCCACGUUACGCUUGCCUUCACCUCACUCCCAAAGCACUUAUAUUUCCGGCCGACUAGAGCUCGCUACCUGCCGCUCUCGAGAAGUUUGUUCUGCGACCAUUUCGCGACCACCUUCUGCUGUUGCGCCUGCUUGUGCUGCAAUCAACCAACAUCGCCUGGGCGCGCGUUCUUCUGGUUUCGCUAUGAGCGCCAAAAGAACACGUCCCUGGGAGGAUGAAUGAUCAUGGCGCCGAGGCUUGGACCGCGACAAGUCGAAGAUAACGACCCGUUUCUUUGGGAUGUCGAACAGGUCGUCGCCGAAUUAUGCGGUGCUAACUGCCCAUGGGCGAAAGAUCCGGCCGCCUUCGCAGACAGGCUUCGGGCAGAAGAACUGGAUGGCAGGACGCUCUUGACAUAUCAAUCGACGACAUCCCUAGACAGGCUUCUAAACCGACUAAGCUUCCAGACCCUGCGAGAUGAGUCGCGUUUCAACGAGAAGGUCAACGACCUGAGACUACAGAGUCCUUCCUUCGUGGCUUGGAGAUUCGCGCUUGACCGGAAACAAGAACGAGUGUCUGGGAUCAUUGCAAGCGAAGAAGAUGGGAAUAUCGAAGAGGAUCGAUUGUCAUACGUGCCUGAGGAAGCACCAUAUCCUAGAAGUCAAGAUGCCCGAAUCAAUGGCAUAGUCUCUAGUCCGGCGACACCGGCACUUGGGCAAGUGCCCAUCUUGGGCGGCUCGCAGUCAUCUGCAGUUGAACGUCGCCUGUCAACGCCUUUUGAGCUGAAACGCCCAGCCACACACGGAGACGAUAGCGCUACCGAUGCUGCCGAACCACCGCCCAAGAAAAGCCGUGUUCAGCCGACCAACAUCAGCCUACAAACGGUGACGGAGCACAUUGUAGCCCUUCCGUGGGAGCAUGCCCCUACUUGGGCGUAUAUCGGUGACGGGGCCUUAACCCAGGAGAUGCUCACGUCGGAUUCGGAACCCGUCACAAGCUUGGUACUGGACUAUGUCGAUAAGGUGUCGAGCGAAGAAGAGUUCACAGUAAAGCCGAAAUGGAUGCCCCCAGGCCGGCGAAUGGCAGUUGCAAUGGUGAUGCGACGUCUUCUGAUCAAGAAUGCUCGAAACUUGGUCCGGAUCGAUGACGGCGAAGAAGUCAUCUCAGAAUUCGGCAUCGACAAGGAAGACAGAAUCCUGGCUCUUUCCGAUCUCCCGUCUGAAUUAGACGAUGAUACGAGGCAGGAAAUAGAGGACGAACGGCUCGAGGCUGAAGAGUUAAGGCUACAGGAGGACGGCAUUCCACAGCACAAGGUCCAGGAGAUUCUCGACGAAGAGAUUGAGGCAUUCACACGACUCUGGAAAACCCGCAAGGCCUCAAGACUCAAGCGAGAGGCAUGGAGUCUUUGGAAUCAAGCACGCAAAGGGAAGCGCAAUAUCAUGUCCGAGCAAUCUCGCACAGAAAUCCGCGCUCUCGACGAACGUAUCGCGACUUACACGGGGCGCAUUCUUCGCGAGAGGUGGCAAGUCGAAAGCGAAGUGCGUGCACAAGCCCAAAUUCUGGAGGCCAGUGUAGAGGACAGACUCUACCAGGCCUGGAAGCUUAAUGUUCUAGAAUGCAGGGUAGAGCCUGAGAGGCCUCUAAAGCCUGCGCGCCCAUCGCUGACUCCGAAGAAGCGGCCUGCGGCGAUGGAAGAAGUCCUGACCAGCAGCGACGAGGAGGAUGACACUGAUUUCAUCGUUCAUGACGAGGACCCUCUUCCCAUGGAUAUAUCCGAUGCAGCAGCUGACUCCUCCAACGACGCUGCCAACGACGCCGCCAGCGGACAAACUCGCCAUGCCCCAGAGGCUGCUAAUGGAGAUGGAGAUGCCGCACAGGGCAGCGACGGUGAAACUUCUCAGAGUUUGAAAGCGAAUCCAACAACACCUGUCAGAACUCGACACCCUCAGUCCCCCAAGGUGCCUCCGUCCCAGCACUCCGUCACGGUCAUAGAUUUGACGUUAGAGCCGGACUCGCAACCCACAGAGGCCUCCACGACGGAUGCAGUCAACGGGCCAUCGCUCAAAAGUCUCGGCAGCCUCAGUCCAAUCACCGCGCAUGAUGCCAAGUUUUGGUCGAAUCAAAAUGACCGCUGGAGACUUGUCUUAUGGGUUAUGGCUAAUAUGACUUUCAACCGGCGCAAAGCCGUCUUUGUCGCCUUGCAGACAUAUUCACCCCUGAACGUAUGGAAGAUGUACGUCACAGUCUUUCUGAACGAACCGCCACAGGACUAUGGGAUGGUGGGCACUUGGACCGAGAACGAGCUUCUCUGUUUCGACAUUGCACGAUUAUUUCUUACGCACCUUCGAUGCAGGGUACAGGCUGAGAAACGCUUGGUGCCGCCGACAAAAAAGACCAUCCACAAGAUACGCUCGAAUAAUGAAGGGUUCUCACUCUUCUGUAGAUGGCUGCGGGAGAAGGAGUCAAUAUUCCCCACGGCUGACCAGAUCUACCGGGGCCAUGAUCCUGAUAAUAUCCCCGAUAGCGACGAGGAAAUCCCGGCUGACAAGGAACUUGAAGAGUACGGCUCGCCUCAGAAGCGCCGGAAGCAGACAAAGGAAGUCGUGCAGAACAGGGAUGCCCUCACUCUGCGCCAGGUUGCCAAAGAGAGGAUCAAAGAGCAAGAGACUCGUCGCCAGAAACUCCGGGCUCAGCUUGCAGGCCUAGGCUCGUUAGUUCAUGGAGACAAUCGUAUCAUCAUAAACGAAAGCAAAGACGAGGAGCAAGAGCUGGUGUAUGUUGACAAGGACAUUUCACGUUCGAUCAAGGAGCACCAGAUCGACGGUGUUCGUUUCUUGUGGAACCAAAUCGUCCUGCCCCCGAUGCUCCGCCAAGGCUGCCUCCUAGCGCACACAAUGGGCCUGGGCAAAACAAUGCAAGUGAUUACGUUCCUUGUAGCCCUUGCUCAAGCUUCUAGUGAUGCCAAGACUGCGACGCAGAUACCAGAGGAUUUGCGCAAGUCCAAAACGUUGAUCCUGUGUCCUGCAGGACUUGUCAACAAUUGGAUGGAUGAGUUGUGCAAAUGGGCUCCGAAAGACUCCUUGGGCCCCCUGGUGUCACUGGACUCAGCGGCUACGUCUUUCAUGCGUGAAGACAUCAUCCGAGAGUGGGCAGCUGACGGCGGAGUGCUGGUCCUUGGUUACGACAUGUUCAAAGCCUUUUUCCGCAAGGACAAGAGCGACGACGAGGGCAGGCUACAGUAUGAAGAGCUUGCCGCGUUACUGCUGGAGACUCCAAGGAUCGUCGUGGCUGACGAGGCACACAAGCUUAAGACACAAAGCGGAGUGUUGAACAGCCUCUGUUCGCAAUUCUAUACUUCUGGUCGCAUCGCCUUGACUGGCUCGCCGCUGAGCAACAACACGAUAGAGUACUACUCGAUGAUUCAUUGGGUUGCACCGAAUUUCCUGGGCCCCUUGGAGGAGUUUAAGGAUAUCUACGUCCGCGAAAUCGAGGAUGGGCUAGCGCGAGACAGUCUAGCUGUCGAUAAGAAACGGGCGCUUAGAAAGCUACACGCUUUAAAGACGACAGUAGCACCCAAAGUGCAUCGAGCCACGAUCAAAGUGCUCUCCCACGACCUGCCUCCAAAGUCAGAAUUCGUUAUAUCGGUGCCUCCCACUAAGCUACAGUGCGACCUAUAUACGCUAUACAUCAACGCCAUUCACGACGGCGGUGUUGGCAGACAAGGCUCGGCUUUGACGGCUGCUAGGGACUUGGUGCUUCUGUGCAAUCACCCGGCCUGUUUCGGUUACAAGGUGAUGCAAGAAAUCGCUACAGGUACUGACAACAAGGCCUCAACAUUCCCUGCAGGGAUCAUCAACGAGGCAAAUCGCCUAACAAACAGCAACCCGACGAUCCAAGACCCUUCAUACUCGGCCAAGGUGCUUUACCUGUGUCGAAUUCUAGACGUUUCCCGGGCCGUCGGCGACAAGGUCUUAGUGUUCAGCCAAAGCAUCCCUACACUAGACUAUCUACAGAAGAUCAUGGAAAUGCAAGAUCGUCGCUUUUGUCGGCUAGACGGCGGCAGCAAGAUCAACGAACGCCAACAUCAAACAAGAGCGUUCAACGAUGGGCAGCAGGACGUCUAUCUCAUCUCGACCAGGGCGGGCGGUGUUGGUCUCAACAUACAAGGAGCCAAUCGCGUGGUGAUAUUCGACUCACAGUGGAAUCCGGCCGAUGACCAGCAAGCAGUUGGACGAGCGUAUCGUCUUGGGCAGCUGAAGCAUGUGUUUGUUUACUAUCUUAUGGUCGCCGGUACGAUUGAGCAGGAGCUCCACAACCAGGCCGUCUUCAAAGGCCAACUAGCCACCCGAGUUGUCGACCAGAAGAAUCCUAUCUCCUGGGGCCAAAGGCAUGGUAAAUACCUCAUGCACAUUCAACACCCAAAGGACGGGGCACGUACCCCGAAUCUAGCAGCCUUCAAAGGCAAAGACCAGAUCCUCGACGAUCUCAUCCAAAAUCCUCCCAGGACCGUCUGGCCGGAACCACAGCAGCUUCAAAUCAGGAAACUCGUCUCGACUGAUACAUUUGAAGAGGAAGACAUUGACGCCACCUUGACUUUAGAAGAGCGUAAGGAAGCGGAAGAAGCUGUCCGGCUUGAUCGACUUCGACGCACGGACCCGACUGAGCAUGCGAAAUUGGUUGCAGAGCAGCAAGCACACCAGGCUCAACAAUGGCAGCAUCCAAUUCAUGCAGUAUCUACUCCGAAUGGUGGAAAUAUGACAUCAAUCCCACCUCCGACCCAGCCGCAUGGCACUACGAGACCGCCGCAUCAUAUACCUGACUUGAACGGCCCAACGACAAUGGCACCCAGCAUCGGUGCUGCUUCAGCAGACGGCCAGCGUCGUGAACCGGCACUUCAAGAGUCCAACUCUGGCGUGCCCGAUAGGUCCUCAGGUGCCGAUGAUGCUGCCCCUGCGGUUGCGAUUCCAAACGUCCCACCUCCGCCCAUGCCCAUGGUCGGGGCAAACACCUACUUUGGUCGGCAGACGGAGGUCAUGAGCAGCACGCACUCGCCUGGACCAGCUACAAGCGCAUCAGCAGCCACAGAUCAACCACCUCCCACCAGCCCGAUGGGCAUGCCGGCGCCAGCGUUCACUUUCAACAGCAGUCAAUCACAGCCGCUUGACGCCACUUUCCAACAGAAACUGAUAGAACGCCUCGAGGCUAUCCCCGGCGUAACUAGGCACUCGGUCAUCACACUUGCCCAUGGCGGCAUACAGCAUCGUGCAAUAUCCCUAGCAAGGUCGAUCCAGCAGGUGCUCGAAGCUAGAGGGGCUGGGUUCUUGCCGGAUAAGGUGCAGUGGAAGUUGCUGACGGAAUUGCUGGACAACGAACGCUUCACAAUUGCAUUAGCAUACGGGCUCCUUACACCCAAUUAUGUGGCCAGCGCGGGGCGCAAAGUGUUGCGAAGUCGUGUCGACUCGCUGGAGCGACUGAGUCCCGAGACCUUUAUGGCGCAGUGCAGUUUGAAGACACAGAACAAAGAUCCAGUGGAACUACAACGCCAUUCAACAUCCGGGGCCUCGUCGUCGAGGGCUAGAAAGGAGGACUCGGCAGUGCUCGCAGAGAUGUCGAAGAGUCGUCAAACACAGGCGAUGGCUAUAGACGACUGCCCGCCUGGGCGCACGCAUCACUAAGAGAACAGGA